UAAUUGAAUAUUCGAUAUGGAAUUCACUACCAAAAGUUAACAUAUAUGUGAGAUAUACAAUAAAUAUCAGAUUUGACUUAGCAGUUGUUGAAACUUGUCUAAGAGUUAUCACCACUCAAUAUUAAUAAAUCUAAAAAAAAUGGAUACGAAACUGUUUACUACUUACUCAUUAUUUUUAAUAAUCCACUGAUAAAACUGUAGUAAAAACCACCGUCAGAAUUUCAUAUAAAACAACUGACAUUAAUUUAAUAUGAAUAUAAUUUUCCUUUAAUUUCUGUUUUAUUAGAGAAUUGGAGGUCAAAGAGAUGUUCUGUAUGAUUGAUAAGAAACAACGUGGUAGAAUCACUUGUAAACAAUUAAGAAAAUUUCUAAGGAGACAUGACGCUAAAUUCAGUAAGAAAUCUGUAAGAAAUUACGUCAAGUCAAUAGACAGUGAUGGGGAUGGUAAAUUAACAUUGGAUGACUUUAUAAGAGCGCUUACCAAAUGUGAUCAUACAAAAUAA